CACCAAACCCCCCAAAAAAACAAAAAAAACACACACACAUAUAAGCACUUGUUUCUCCUUUAUAACAAACUCUCUCUAUUUUUUCUCACACAAUAUUGUUCACUUUGUUAAUUAAAAGAACCAUGCCUGAGGCCCCAAAAACAGAUGCUGUUACUGAAAACAAUAAGAAAGUUCUUCAGUUUAUUGAAGAAGUUACUACAAAUGCUGAUGAAAUUCAAAAAAGAGUCCUUGCUGAAAUACUUAGUCAAAAUGCCCAUGUUGAGUAUUUGCAGCGCCAUGGCCUUAAUGGUCAUAUUGAUAGAGAAACAUUCAAGAAAAUCAUGCCUGCAAUAACUUAUGAGGAUAUUCAGACUGAUAUUACUCGUAUCGCCAAUGGUGAUAAAUCUCAAAUACUCUGCUCUCAGCCCAUUUCUGAGUUUUUGACAAGUUCCGGUACGUCUGGCGGGGAAAGAAAACUGAUGCCAACAAUUGAGGAAGAACUUGCAAGAAGAUCACAACUCUAUAGUCUUUUAAUGCCUGUGAUGAGUCAAUUUGUUCCAGACCUUGAAAAAGGAAAAGGAAUGUAUUUUUUGUUUAUAAAAUCAGAGGCUAAAACCCCAGGUGGAUUACCAGCUCGUCCUGUUUUAACAAGUUAUUAUAAAAGCCCUCAUUUCAAGAAUAGACGUCCUGAUCCAUACACAAACUAUACAAGCCCAAAUGAAACAAUUCUCUGUUCUGAUUCUUACCAAAGUAUGUAUUCCCAAAUGCUUUGUGGUCUUUGUCAAAACAAAGAAGUCCUUCGUGUUGGGGCUGUUUUUGCCUCGGGUUUUAUCCGUGCUAUUCGAUUCUUGGAAAAGCACUGGCCUCUUCUUUGUCAUGAUAUCAGAACCGGAACCAUAAAUUCUCAAAUUGGUGACGCCUCGGUUAGAGAGUCGGUGAUGAAAAUCCUUAAACCUGACACAAAAUUAGCUGAUUUUGUUGAGUCUGAAUGUAGUAGAGAUUCAUGGCAAGGGAUUAUUACUAGGCUGUGGCCUAACACAAAAUACAUCGAUGUCAUUGUGACUGGUACUAUGUCACAGUAUAUACCAACUCUUGAUUACUACAGCAAUGGUCUCCCUCUUGUUUGCACUAUGUAUGCUUCUUCUGAGUGCUACUUUGGUGUCAAUCUGAACCCCCUUUGUAAGCCAAGUGAAGUUGCUUAUACCCUUAUUCCCACCAUGGGGUAUUUUGAAUUCUUGCCUGUUCAUAGAAGCAAUGGUGUGACCAAUUCUAUUUCCAUGCCUAAAUCACUUAAUGAGAAAGAACAGCAAGAAUUGGUUGAUUUAGUUGAUGUCAAGAUUGGGCAGGAGUAUGAGCUUAUUGUCACAACAUAUGCUGGACUUUAUAGGUAUCGUGUGGGUGAUGUGCUUCGUGUAGCUGGAUUCAAGAACAACGCGCCACAAUUCAACUUCAUCUGCCGGAAAAAUGUGGUGUUAAGUAUUGAUUCAGACAAGACUGAUGAAGUAGAGCUACAAAACGCAGUGAAAAAUGCAGUGACACAUUUAAUGCCAUUUGAUGCACAUGUGACAGAAUAUACAAGUUAUGCUGAUACAACCACAAUUCCAGGACACUAUGUCUUAUACUGGGAGCUGAAUGUGAAUGGCUCAACCCCAGUUCCUCCAUCAGUCUUUGAAGAUUGUUGCCUCACUAUUGAAGAGUCCCUAAACAGCGUCUACCGCCAGGGUCGUGCGUCGGACAAAUCCAUCGGGCCAUUGGAAAUCAAGGUUGUGGAAAAUGGGACAUUUGACAAGCUAAUGGACUAUGCUAUAAGUUUAGGUGCUUCAAUAAAUCAGUACAAGACACCAAGAUGUGUGAAAUUUGCACCAAUUGUUGAGCUAUUGAAUUCAAGAGUGAUGUCAAGUUACUUCAGCCCCAAAUGCCCAAAAUGGGUUCCAGGACACAAGCAAUGGAACAACAUGAACUAAAAAUUAAUUAAGGGGUUUAAUUAGCUAGCACAAGUUUCUUUUGAGAGCAUCAUUUUAGUGCUAGAGAUAAUUAUCAUCAUCCAUCUUGCUUAGGUUGACCCAAACCAAUUUUAUGGUUUUUUUUUUUAAUUCACUUUUUUCUGAAGUAAAUCUUUGGUAUUUAAGGCUUUGUAAAAUUUAACUUGUUCUUCAUGAUAGUAGAAUCUUGAAUUUA